ACCUCUCUAAACCAAUGUCUGCUGGGAGCCGUCACGCCCGCCAGUCCUUAUAUAAUCAGAAUGGCGUCGGAAUUCAACGACAAUGAGUUAUUAACUUAUAGCGACGCCUAGCUAGUUCAAUUCAUCGAUACGCUACCUUACCAGCCAAAGCACCGCUACAUUACGCUUCUUUCUCAGCUUUAUGUGUCAAAAUCCUAUCGGGAUAUCGAGGCCGAAGAUGCAAUACAAGCUCUAGACUUUGCAGCUAGUCUCGGCAUACCUGUCCCACGCAUUAGACGCAUCGUUCGUGUUGAGGAAGUGGUGCAUUGCGUUAUGGAUCGGGUACCUGGAUUCCCGCUUGAUGCUAUUCGACUAGCCUUUCAGAUGCGUGGCAUUGUCAAGCGGUUGCAAUCCAUCACCUCAAACCUGGCUAGAUCACUUGUAACUGGGGAGUGUAGGUCUUUCUAUCUUGAAGAUAGUUUCGGGUUACCUCCUAAAGCCAGCAGAGAGCAGAUUGACGCUUUCAUUAACUUUUGGGCUAACUAUAUCUUAAUAGGACGUGAAUUAAAGAAAACCAUCAUGGAGGAUUCGGUCUGCCCUGAUGUAAAAGUCUCGACACACACUCCGCUGGUUUUCGUGCAUCAUGAUCUGGCACCUCGCAACAUCAUCCUAGAUCCCAACGGUCGCUUCUAUCCCAGAUUAUUUGAGUAUGCCAGCAUGCAUAAUUUUCACAGCUCAGCAUGGGACAGGUUCGCAAUCUGGCGCUGGAAGCUUUUCACAUUCGUUGCAGGAGGACUGUUUCACAAGGAGGCUCGCUGGCUAGAGAUCGCGAGAUGGCAAUUCACGCGCUCUCAAUAUGCUCGACGGUUCAACGUGAAGGCUAAAGACUACGCUAGUGUCGCUAGUAGGCCGGACACUGAAUGA